ACCAAUUCAAAAUGGCCGAUCGAAUGUUUGCAAAUUUGGUGAUGCUACUUUUGUGAAAGUGAAAAGAAACCGAUAAAUUUGUUUAUAAUAUUUACAGUAAUUAUUUUUGGUUCUUAAGAAACCCCAAGAGCUGUUUGGUGUUUGCAAAUAACACUCUCCACCAAAAAUGGCGCUCCCAUCCAAUUACAAGCAGAUCGCUGUUAGCAGUCCCAUUGCUUCAAACCAAAUGCUGAUGACUCCUGGAGGGCCCGUCACCUUCAACAUUCUUAAAGGCACUAAGGCACUUACCCCUCGAGAAGAAAAUAGAAAACUAUAUGAGCGUUUGAGAGCUAGUGGGGGCUCUGGAGGAUCCUCAAGUUCAAAAGACAACAGUGCGAAUCAGAAUCCAUUCAUCACAUCGCCUCAUGCUCAUCCCCAGUUCCAUCCACAGAAAAUCGUCAAGGCUACGGAUGCGCGUUUGCCAAAGCCGCCGAAGCCGCCCGAGAAGCCAUUGAUGCCCUACAUGCGUUACAGUCGCAAGGUGUGGGACCAGGUGAAGGCUCAGAACCCCGACCUCAAGCUAUGGGAGAUCGGCAAGAUCAUUGGCCGUAUGUGGCGCGAUCUGCCCGAGGCCGACAAAAUCGAGUUUGUUGAGGAUUAUGAUGCCGAGAAAAUUGAGUAUGAGAAGAGUAUGAAAGCCUACACUAAUUCUCCAGCUUACCUUGCUUACUUGGCCGCUAAGACUCGUGGAAAAGCUGCCCCCAAAGAACCGGAGGACAGGGAACCCCAUGAGGGUCGCUCGGCAGGCGAUAGAAGCAGCAAGGCUGACAGAAGAAUCGACAUUCAGCCUGCUGAAGAUGAAGACGAUCAAGACGACGGUUACUCAGUGAAACACGUGGCAUAUGCGCGCUACCUGCGCAACCACCGCCUCAUCAACGAGAUCUUCUCGGACGCCAUUGUGCCCGAUGUGCGCUCUGUCGUCACCACUGCGCGCAUGCAGGUGCUCAAGCGACAGGUCCAGUCGCUCACCAUGCAUCAGAAUAAAUUGGAAGACGAACUGCAGCAAAUAGAAAAGAAGUUUGAGGCAAAGAAAAGGAAGUUCCAGGAGAGCAGCGAAGCAUUCCAAGAGGAACUCAAAAAGCACUGUCCCCGCGCCGUGGACGAAGACACGUUCCAGAAGAUGGUUGAGCGACAGAUGGACUUGCUGCGCAAGGAGCGUGCGCGUGGAACGGGGGCGGGAGGAGCGGCUGGUGCCGGGAGCGGAGGGGCGGCAGGUGCUGAGGGUGGCGGAGGUGGGGCAGUGGUGAACGGGGGUGGAGCCAAGGGUCCCAUCAAGGAGGAGGGGGGAAGUCCUGGUGGUGAGGAAGAGGUGGAUAGCAGUAACGAAGUGGCAGCGCCUCAGGCUAGAGGGAUUACUAAUCCCGUCAGCACUAGCGGGUCAGGAGAGGACUCUAUGCCGCCCCAUUCACAGCAAGAGAUGGUUGUUCUACACUACAUUCAGGAUGGAAAGAGUGAGAGCCAACAACGCAACGGCGGUAGUCCCAAUGUGUCAGACAGAGAUGAGAAUAGUCGGUCUUCCACUAACAUUAUGCCGAUGACAAAUAAGCCGGCAUCUGCAGUUCCAAGCAGCAGCACCAGUCCAACUGAGAUGAGUGGUGUUCAACCAAGUGGAGCUGCAGCCAACAUGCCCCAACAGCAGCCAGCAAUGGAGCAGCCAGUGCCGGCCAACAAUGGCGGUGCAGCCAGUUUCGCCAACCUGGUCAAGACUGAGCAGCCAUCCUCUGCAGCCAGCAAUGGACCCAGUCCUAUUCCAUCCUCUCCAAUGCAACCCAAUUCUGCUCCAGCAAACAGCAAUCUCACAGCAACCCUCAAUGCAGUGGCUGCUGGAAGUGGUGGAAACACCAAUGGUGGUCCCCCUGGCGGCCCUCCUGGGGGUCCCCCUAGUGGUCCCCCUGGCAGUCCCAUGGCAGCAGCACCGUCCCCCACUCCUCCACCUCCCCACCAUCACAGCGGACCCCCAAAAUGAUGGAGCCUUCCCAUCCCUCAUCUCCAGGACCGUCCCCGAAUCCUGUGGGUUCACCCAUGAGUGCACCUCAACAACAUCCCAUUUCUUCUACAGGAUCCAUGCCUGGAGGACCAAGUAAUGUGCCCCCGCAUGGAGGUCCCCCUUCCCAGCAACCUGGCUCCCCGAUGGGAACCCCGCAACCACCCAACCCAUCUUCUCCAUAUGGACCCAUGCAUCCACCGGCUCCUUACGGUGGUGGUUCUUCUCCAGGACAGUUCCAACCCCCUUCGUUUCAUGGAC